AUGCCAAAAUCUCUCAAGAUCAAAGAGAGAUAUCCCGAUGUGGAGCAGAAAUAUGUGGAUGCAUUCGCGCAAGAGCCCAAGUUGCUUCAGGUUGGCCUGAGCUUUGUACAAGCUCACAGUGCACAACUCUUUGGGAAACAAGAGUGCACAGUCAAGGAUGUCGAGCUGAACCCAGAGGUGGUGUUCUGCAUCAUGAAGGUCUCACCUGCGAUGAGGCUGAGUGAAGAAGUGCUGGCUCGAAGCUUGGUGAGGUUUUACCAAGAGAUGAAACUAGUUCCACCAGGAGUUUCUGUGGAAGCCCUGGAGCCUUGGGCUGCAAAGAUGUGCUAUGCAGCCCAUAAACUUGUGAGGAGGUUUCGCAAGCUUUACGCUGAAAGCCCUCAUGCGUCCAAGUCACCCAAGCUACAGGAGCUGAAGAACAAAUGCUUGAAAGCAGAGAUCCCACAUGAUCAAAAAGGAUCAGACUCUUCGAAUGCCAGCAGUUCAUGCAAUGGGUCUCGAGACAUUGAGGAGUUGGCUGUUGACAAGCCAGCUCCAGGCUGGGCAGAUCUGGUUGAGAAAAUGAAAGCCUGGAAACUGGCCAAAAGUGAAAAGGCUGGGGCUCCAAAGGCACCGGCUGUGGAAGCGGCAAAUGGUGUUGAUGCUGGUGGCUCACAAAUGAAGCAGCCAGUGCCAACACCUGCCAGGGCAAUGGCAAAGGCUUCAGAUGCGCUUGCCAAAUACACUGUUCCAAGCUUUGUUUUGGAAAGUUUGGCAGCGAAGGCGCCUCUUCCACCUGAGCCUUUUGCUGUGACUGGGGGUGAGCAAGAAGGUGAAGGUGAAGAAAAAACAAAGAAAAAACAAGUCAAGGCACCUGCCAAGACUGCCAAGACAAAAGCAUCUUGCGUGGCCAAGAUGAAACUCGCAAAAAUUGCCUGUCGCAAAACAAAAAAGAAGUGUGCUGAGAUUGCUGGGCCUGAGGUGGAGCAGGCCCUUGCUUUGCUACCUGCUGAGGAGGCUCAGGAGCCCCACGCUCAGAUCGUGGAAGCGCAGGAAACUGUGUCUGAAGAGAAGAAUGCGGAGCUUGUGAUGGGGCCUCAAUACAAACCUAAAGCCUUUGGGGAGGCACGAAAGUGCUACAUAGAUGCUUGUCGGAAAGAAGGCCUGAGCUGA